ACCUUGCGAUGACGCUUGGCGCCUCCUUUUCCGAGUCCUUUACCUCCUUUGCCUCUUCCUGACAUUAUGAUACCGUUACGUAGAAAACAGUAGUGAGAAUGGUUCUGCUUGCACAGCGCCGGGAUGUUUAUUUUGAGUAAGCGGACGUGAAGGAGGCCAGUUCUGUACUUCGAGGGCGUUGCAAUGGGAGGGAACUUAAGUCAGAGAGAGGAAAUAAUAGGCUAUGGUCCACAUUUAUAUUUUACGUUUUAUUCUUUUAUCAGAGAUAUGUAGACGUCCUUGUUCAUAUUAUUAUAUAUUUGACAUCUGAUAAGCACCUGGCUGAGACACUUCAGACUAGAUAGCUAAAACAGGCUCAUAAUCGUCAUUUGAUCGAUUUCUGGCGAUGGAGGAACUCGAUUUGUAUGUAUCGCUUUAAAACUUUUCUACAACUCUUCAUUGUUGAUGAUAGUCACUCUCCCGUCCUCCCUCUGCUCCAGCUAUGCUCUUCUAGUGAAUAAAUACAUGUAAUUGUUGUUUAAUAAUUUAUACUACAACCAUAAUUCACUCAAUGGUAUUUGUUAAAGCUGUGAUUGAAACUAUUGUAGUACAAAACAACUUGCAGUAAAACUUCUUCUCCACAGUGACAUGAUGUCAAAAAGUCUGUAUGGCAAGCCUGGUUGUACCUGCUUAAGUGGACAAACAGGGUCCAAGGAUGAAGGGCUGGAUGAAGAAAGAAGGCUGGGUCAUCUGGGACUGGUCUACUUUGUGUUCCAAGAGUCAGAACUAAACAUGGAGAAGGAGCGUUCAGUUUUUCUGCACCACAUACCUGGAACAAGGGCUCUGGAACUGCCAGUCUGCUGUGAACAAGGCAGACUUCACCCCGGCGUUCGCAUCCCAUGCUUCUCUUCAUGCCCUUGCGCUGACAGAGACAUGGAUUCGCCCAGAGCAGCAACUCCAGCUGCUCUCUCCGUCAACCACUCGUUCUCUCACUCACCCCGCUCAACUGGGCGAGGUGGUGGGACAGGUUUGCUUCUUUCCCUACAUAUUAAAUACACAUCCACCCCACUCUCUGUCACCGCCAAAUCAUUUGAACACCACUAUGUGAUGCUAACUGAUCCUAUCAAAGCAAUCUUAGUUGUCCUCUAUCGCCCACCUGGACCGCUUGCCAACUUUGUGGAAGAGCUGGACAUGCUCCUCAGCGUCCUCCCGGAUAAUGGAACCCCGCGGAUAAUCCUUGGGGACUUCAACAUCCACCUCAAAGGAACGCAGGCCGUCGACUUCAUGUCUCUCCUGACUUCUUUCGACCUGAUGCUGCUGAACACACCGGGGACCCACAAGGCAGGAAAACAGCUCGACCUCAUCCUGACACGUAACUGUAUCACUGACUUAACAUCUGUAACCCCACUGCACAUUUCUGAUCACUUCUUUAUCCAAUUAUCUACGACUUCUCCUCCUUUUUUGAGGAAAAAGUCGCUGCCAUUAGCAGCCAGUUCCCUGUGGCCAACGUUCCUACCCACUCACCCUCUAUGA